ACGCCCGGUGGACCGUCGCCCUCUCGGUCAACCCAGAAAAACACGGAGGCUUCGAUCGCCUUACGACCCUCUCGCCACGCCGGUGUUUCGCAACUCACCGCGCCUCUCGCGCCAGCCAUGGCGCUUCAGCCCCAGCCAUCCGCUGUAUGCCAGAGGGGACAGGGACUACCGCUCGGAAUGCUUGUGCGUGGGGCGGCGAGUCCCAUGAUUAAUGGGCUGGAUAAUAGUCCUUUCGUCGUCGUUCCUGGCAGUGACCGCAAGAAGAAGAACAUUUUCAACAGCCCAUUCGUAUCCAAAGAAUCGGAUAGGAUUAGCAUCUUUGGUCAAUCCCCGGCGCGCUUGUUGUUCGACAGCACGCCUUUCAGCUCAAGGACGACUCCGUUCUCUCUCUCGGAACCCCAGUUCGCGGACUCACCUCUUAACCGUGCCGAGCGCGAUGGUCUCCGUGUCUCUUCCCUCACGGAGGCGACCAAGAAGUGGCAAGCCGAAGCGGCCGCAGGCUCUCCUCGAAAGACGACAGCUGCGGAAGCGUCGGGCUUGUUGGGCCCCAUCGAGCUCCAGGGCGACGACCUGUUCUCGGAGGGCAUGUACAGCAGCUGGGUCGACCUUAACGCGAAUCUGAGGGCAGCACCCACAGUCCCGCUCGUGCGCGUCCUGUCGAGAGUCCCGUCGUGCGCACCCAGCAACCCACUAGCUUGUCUGCUGUCACGAAGGGCAGCUCGGGGUUGUCGAGCGCUGGGCCGGGCCUCAUGGACGCGUUUUUGUCCGGCAAGGUAAGGUCAAGAAGAUCGAGUUGUCGUCCGAUGACGAUUCUGAUUCGGACAUGAGUGGUCCAAGCUUUGGGUCACCCAUCCGUCUCAGCAAGGGGACCAGGC